AUGUCUCCCCCUUCGCGUGACCCAUUGUCUCCCACAUUCAAUCACAAACAAAUUCUCAUUUCAAUCUAUUCCCCCGACAAUAACCACGGUCGAAGGAGGGUGUGGCAGCGGCAAGUGUUGGUCUGGAAAUGUGUUCUUGGUGGGACAAGGCUUGGGGACCCUGAGCUCCUGACAUUGAAGGAUUAUAGAGUUAUUCAUAAUGCUGAUCUAUUGUUGUAUGAUAGGUUGGUGUCCAAUGAUGUGUUGAAAUUGGUUGACUCUGGUGCUAGACUUCUCUAUUUGGGCAAGACUGCUGGGUACCAUAGCAGAACCCAGGUGUUUGGUAGGGAUGGGGAGGAGAUGGAUUUUCUGCGACAGCAAGGAAUUGAAGUGAAUGUUAUUCCAGGUACAAUGAUAGAUUAG